UCAAUAGUUCUUUUGUAACUAUAUUAGUUUGUGGCUGAGUUCCAUCCGAGGUAAACUUUUUUCAUUAACAAUGCAAGUGAUUCUAUAAAAAAUGACAACGAUGAUUAAGAAUAGAUCAUUCAUGCGCACAAUCAUCAGAGUUGUUUGACCAUUUUUAAAAACAAUCAAUAAAAUGCACACUGAGCGACAGUUCUUACUAAACUAUUUGAAGAUGAAUAUGAAAGAUUCAGGGUUUAAGUAUGCUUGUCAAUGGAGUGAAAUAAGCUUACGUAUCCUUGGAAUAUGGCCAAAUUCAAAACCAAAUUUUUGGAAUAAAACUAAAGCAUAUUUCUAUGUUAUUUUUGUUCUCGCUACUUAUUAUCUUCCACAAAGUGCAACGAUUGUAAUUAUUUUUGGUGACAUUGAUAGUAUGGUAAAUUUACUUUCGUACAAUGUUUCCGGAUUGGUUGCAAUUGCUAAGUAUAUUGUUAUUUACAAACAUAGGAAAGUUUUGAUGAAAAUUUUUGAAGUAAUGGCAAAAGACUGGGGAGCUCACAAAUCUGCGUAUGAUUUAACCAUAAUGAUGAAUAACGCAAAAAUUGGAAGAUUAUUGGCAUUUAUAUCAAUUUUAUAUGCUCCACUGAUUGUGAUUCUACAUAUUCUUGUCACAACAUUUCUUAAACCUGAUAAAUUACUUCUUUACGGUUCGAUUCCAACAAUAGCAAAUAAUCUAAUGUGGCCAAGUUAUUUUCCGUUUAAUUCUUCGAGAAAAUAUAUUUUUGAGCUUACGUGGUUAUGUCAAAUAACAGCCACCAUGGGAGCAUCGUUAAUAUAUGGUACUUUUGACACUUUUAUUGCAGUAAUAAUCCUACAUCUUUGCAGCCAAUUAGCUAUUGUUCGGAAUAGAUUAAGAAAUCUCAAUGAAGAUAUAAAUCAAGGUUUACUGUUUCAUGAUUCAAUCAAGAAGAAACUUCGAGCUAUUAUUAAGCGACAUGAGCAACUUAUCAGCAUGGCAGAAACUAUCGAGAAAACGUUCAAUGUGAUUCUUCUUCCGCAAUUGAUAUGCUAUCCAUUAAUUUUUUGUUUCCAAGGAUACGCCAUGUUAACAAGUAUGGCCAAAACUCAAGUCUCAAGUCUACAAAUUUUAUAUUAUCUUAGUUAUGAUACGUACACGCUGUACCAUCUCUUCAUUUUUUGUUGGAUUGGUGAAUACCUACAAAAUGAGAGUAUAUCUGUCGUCUAUUCCUACUAUGAAAGUCCAUGGUACAAUUUUUCAUACACGGAUGCACGUUCGCUUAUGUUUAUUGGCUACAGAGCUAUGCGGCCACUUUACAUAUCAGCCGGAAAGUUUUCUCGUUUUUCGUUAAGUUUAUUUGUAUCGAUACUAAAAACAUCUUUCGGAUAUCUAUCGAUGCUUCGAGCAGUUCAAAGCCGAACAUUGUAAUUUUUAAAUUAUACUUAAACGUUGUAUAAAAUAUUUCACCGAUUAAAAAAAAUUUCGCACAAAAAUAAGAACAAAAAUUUCACAUAGUGAUGAAAAUUUUUUGAUGACAACAUUUAUAAUAAAAUAAUUAUCUAUUUAUUUGGAAUUUCGUUAAGAAUUUUAUGAAAUUU